AUGGCCAACAACCGUGUCCCCAUCAAUUAUCAAACGCCUCCGUUCCCAUCGCUCUACGAUCCCUUUCCCCGUCGCAAUGGUGUCGCUUACUACCUGUACUAUACCCGCGACAUCUGGCGCUUCACACUAUACUGGACCUUGAUUUUCUACGCAGCCAGCCACAUAUUGGUCGCUGCUUUUGCGCUAUUGAUGCAAGGCCGGAAUUGGCGGAUCUGCCUGGCCGUUCCGAUCAUUUAUGUUGCUAUCGCGGGCUUGGAGGCGCUGAUGGCUGGAAGCAUCAUCGGUCUUGUGUAA